AUGGAGAAGAACAGCAUGAAGAGCUUCUUCAUGACCGCAUCUCUGGCUGUCUUGCUCGUUUUCUGCUUGAGCUGUGAGGUCUGCAAUGCAAGGGAAGGCAUCAGCAAGGUGCAGACCGCAAAGGAAGGCUCCGCCGAUGCUCAGUGGUGGUGGGGAGUGCAUUGCCCCUGGACAUUCCCCCACCCCCGCCUGCCGCCUUUCUGGCUCCCCCGUCUGCCCCCUCUCCCACACUGGCCUUGGUGCCCCGGAUUUCCAUGGCCAAAGCCGGCACCGAAACCUGCGCCAAAACCUGCGCCGAAGCCUGCGCCGAAACCUGUGCCAAAGCCGAAGCCAUCGCCGACACCAGCUCCUCCGGGAAAGGGGAAGGGCCCCGGCAAGGCUGAUGCCAACGCCAACCCAAGUCAAGGAGCCGGCAUGCUGCCAAGAUCCAAGUCGGCGCAGAAACUGACACCGACGGCGAAACCGACCAACUGA